UUGCAGAGAAGCCGAGAGAAACCUGAAGCUUACCACCAGUUUUGGUGUAAGGUGAACGAGAAGGCUGUGUGCUGUCAGCCGAAAGGCUAGCUCGAAAACUUAACUCAGUAGUUAACGUUUAGGUGAGGAUGUCGGAUUUUGACAGCAACCCAUUUGCGGACCCCGACUUCAGCAACCCCUUUCAGGAUCCCUCGGUGACACAAGUAACGCGAAAUGCUCCUCCCGGCCUGGAAGAGUAUAACCCAUUUACAGAAGCCAAGCCGGGUCCACCGGGUGCUCUGAACAAAGCAGUGUCCCCCACCACCCCCAACACGCAGCCCGCCAUCAUGAAGCCCACCGAGGAACCCCCCACCUACUCCCAAGCCCAGCAGCAGCAGACACAGGAGCAGGUGCGUGCCCAGGCUGACCUGCUAAGGAGGCAGGAGGAGCUGGAGAGGAAGGCAGCCGAGCUGGACAGGAGGGAGAGGGAGAUGCAGUCCCUUAGCGCCUCCGGAGGAAGGAAAAACAAUUGGCCGCCCCUCCCCGAGAAGUUUCCCGUGGGCCCGUGCUUCUACCACGACAUCACCGUGGACAUUCCAGUGGAGUUCCAGAAGACCGUCAAGAUCAUGUACUACUUAUGGAUGUUCCACACAGGAACUCUGUUUGCCAACAUCUUUGGCUGCCUGUCCUGGUUCAUCGUGGACACUGCGCGGGGGGUGGAUUUUGGUCUGGCCAUGCUCUGGUUCCUGCUCUUCACGCCCUGCUCCUUCGUCUGCUGGUAUAGACCUCUCUAUGGAGCCUUCAGGAGUGACAGCUCGUUCCGCUUCUUCGUCUUCUUCUUCGUCUACAUCUGCCAGUUUGGAGUUCACGUGCUGCAGGCCAUUGGCAUCACUGGCUGGGGGGCUAGUGGCUGGAUCUCGGCCCUGACUGGCCUGAAUAAGAGCAUUCCUGUGGGCAUCAUCAUGAUCCUCAUCGCAGCCCUCUUCACCGCCUCCGCUGUCAUCUCCCUCAUCAUGUUCAAGAAGGUGCACGGCCUGUACCGCACCACCGGGGCGAGUUUCGAGAAGGCGCAGCAGGAGUUUGCGACGGGGGUGAUGGCCAACAAGACCGUCCAGACGGCCGCCGCCAACGCCGCGUCCGGGGCCGCCCGCGCAUCCUUCCAGUGAAACCAGCUGGCCGACCUGCCGGUCAGCCGGACGUCCAGCUGCCUGCCCAUCUGAGUAGUGUGUCCCCUCUCUCUCUCUACUACAAUCUCCUCCUCUCCUCCCCUCUCCUCUCCACGCUCCGAUCCUAGUCCUCCUCCUCAUCUUCCAAAUGAUUGUACCCAUCAAAGGCCGGCACCUUUUCAGACCCAUGUUCACGCCCAUCAACUCAGCAGCGAAUAAGAGUACGCGAGUAAGAGUACCCAAGCCUUCCGUACCGUGCGCCUUCAGUAGGCUACUACAUAUCAAGGCAGGACCUCUCUCUCUGCCCUGCCCUGCUCCUUUUCACACACGCUCAGCCACCUUACCCAGGCCUUAUCCUCUCCUCUCCUCACCUCUCCUCUCCUCAACCCUGUAAAAUGUAUGUGUGCGUGAAGUGAAUGCAUGCGUAAAUGCACUGAAGCAAGAAAUCGACAGAACCUUUCUUUUGGCUUUCUGUAUGACUGAGUUGGUCCUCUCCUUUCUCUGCCUUCUCUUCCCAGACCCCCUCCACAUCCUCCGCACCCCCUCAAGUCAAUGAAUGAAGUGAUGUCUGUUUCCACAGACAGACAGCAACACACUAUACAGUGCAGGGGCCUAUACUACAAAGCUGGUUCAGGAGUAAACCAGGUUAAGUUGAGAGGUAAAUCAUCUAAUAGAAGAGCCUGGAGUCCUCCAGAUGAUUUGCCUCUUAACUUAUCCCGGUUUACUCCUGAACCAGCUUUGUAGUAUAGACCCCACGAGCUCAAACAGAAUGUUUGUUAUCAUCGGUUAUGAUGAAGGUUGUGAAACCUUUUUGAAGGUUACUUACAUUUUACACCUACCCCCCCAACCCACCCCCCUCCACCAAAAAAACCUGAAGUGUAUUAUUUUAUUGCAAUGUCCCUUCACCCUUCACCUUACCCCCCCAGCCCCGCUUGUCCGAUUCCUGGAAUGAGAACACUUGAGAAAGAAAAUCACAUCAAGAGAACAAGAAAUAUGAUUCAUCCCGUAAAAAUCACACUCCCUGUUGUCAGGGAUAUACGUAACGUACACUCCACACUUGCAUGACCGAUAACGAUGGACGUCAGCCUUCAAGUUCUUGCAUUUGAGGAGUUUAGCCUAAAACGUAAAGCGUAAAACUUAAAGAUUAAAGAUGAAACACUUUAAGGUUGCUUUUGAUUCCUAUCUGCAGGCCAUGCCGUUCUUUUCCACUGUAACGAGUCGAAAGAAACGAAAAGAUGUUUUAGUUGUUUGCCAUUGAACUGCUUUUCUCUUGUAGGGCAAGACUCAGUAUUGAUGAACAAAAUGUUUGUGGCAUACGUGUAUGUGUGCGUGUGCGUGUGCGUGCGUGCGUGCGCUCAUUGCUGAGUCGAGAGAUGUUAUAACCGUGUUGGGUUGGUCCUCACUCACUAAUGGGUAGAAAAUGAGACUUUGUGCUUUCCCUCAUUUUCAAAACACAUUAUUAUUGUUCUUCAACCAGAUUGUGUUCUUUCUUCCUUUGUCUUUUUUUUCUUUCGUUCUUUUUUUUACCAGCCAGAGCUGAUAGUUUAGUUGUUUUCCUAUCUCUGCAUUUUAUUUUAUUUUUUAAGUGAAAUUUCAAAGGCAUCAGUUUUCAUCCUAGCUGACCAGUCAGGUUGUACGUAUCUCAAGUCACUUCCAUCUCAUUAGAAGAGCUGUUGGAGGGUGAUUGAAAAGAAGAACAACUGCUUCUGGUUCUUUCCUCAGAGCUAGGCGUCUUUACUAAGAGCUGUGCGCUUGUGUUGGCCAUUUGAUGAGUGGUGGUCAUCGUUCAAUCCAGGGAUCUAAAUUAACACCAGCCAACCGAACAAAUGCUGGUGACAUGCUUCAGUUUGGCUGGUAGAAAAGACCAACUUACUUACCACUUUGACCCCUUAGUUGAGUGUGUGUUUGGCUUGUAAAAUUAACAUCUAAAAACGAUUUUGACGGGAAAAGUUAAUUUAGAGCCCUGGUCCUAUCCCCUUCCUCUUAGGCACUCUGUUGCAAUCUUAGAGGAGUCAGACUCCAGACUGCUAAAGCACUGCUGCCGAAAGACGCUGACAUUUCACCUCUUCAUCAUCAUCAUCAUCAUCACACAGAAUCUUUUCCUCUUAUUGUCUCCGACUAGCUCUGACUAUAAUUAUUAUAGUUUGUGCGUGCGUGUGUGUAUGUGUGCGUGUGUCUCUUUGCAUCUGGUGUGAGUGCAGAGAUGAGCUGUGUGUGUGUGUGUGUGUGUGUGUGUGUGUGUGUGUGUGUGUGUGUGUGUGUGUGUGUGUGUGUGUGUGUGUGUGUGUGUGUGUGUGUGUGUGUGUGUGUGUGUGUGUGUGUGUGUGUGUGCGUGUUGAUCUACAGUGAGUUCUUUUAUAAAUAAAUUUCCACCAAUUGCACCUGUAUAUGUUUCUACUGUUUUUUCUUUGUUGAUUUUGUUUUUUGAAACUGCUUUUUUUCCUUCCUUCCUUUCUUCCUUCCUUUGCUAAGAAUCACCAGAAAAUCAAGACAACUGGCUGAUGCCAUGAUGAUGAUCCUGUUUAACUGUGUUGCGAUGCAAUGAGUCGUUGCACAUUAGCUUGUGCAUUUUAAUCAGUGGAUACAAAGUAAUGGUUAUGUGGUUGAAACACUGAGAAGACGCUGAGGUGUAACCAGUGAUGGGCAACCCGGAUCCAGCAGCCAGAAAUCCACUGCCACAUGUUCCAAAAGACUUCCAAGGGGUGUUUCUCAAAGUGAAGUGUUCUUGCCUUGCUAAGUGCGAGUAACGCCCAUGUUUUGCACGAGUAUCCAAUUAUCAAUUACUCUUAGAACUAGUUAUUGGAUACUUCUUAGUGAAAUCUGUAAAAAAAAGGGGGUGUUAGCAAGGCUAGAACACUUCACUUGGAGAAAUGCCCUUGGUUUUCUCUGUCCAAUAAGGGCAUCUGGGCAGGUAAAACCUGGUCAUUUGGAAUAUGUGGAACUGGAUUUCUGGCUUCUGAAUGCAGGUGGCCCAUCACUGGGGCUAACUUUCAGCUGGUCCUGUAAUAUUUCAUGACUGUGGAGUCUGAAGUUAUUUAAAAUACAUAAAAAAAGAAAAACCAACAAAAAAACAAAUAAGGAAUGUUUGUAUAUUUUGUAAAAUUGUUGGCUGAUUACCUGUCGUCCUGAUCUGAGCUGUACUGUAUAAGAUGCACUCUUGUCUCAUUCAGUUGCAUGUUAAGUAGUUUGAGUUUUGUAUAUUUAUUGUAUUAACACAAAAUAAAACUUAAAGUACACA